CAAAUAAGUUUUUGAUAAACCUCUUUCGUAGUUACAUGCACUAAUGUCCCUGACUCUUGUCCCCAUUGGUGGACCCGUGGCUUACAAACAUCCAACAGACUUCCAACCCAUGAAAAUGGACAUAAGCAAGUAUCGUGCCGUUGGCAUGUAUGUUUAGGCUUUCCUUGUAUACACCCUUGUAUCCAGGCUGUGAAAAACCUUUUAGUCAACGAAAAACCCUUUAUUGACAUUUGGGGACCGGUCGCUUUUGUAGGACUUGGUUACGAAAGAAUCCGAAGACGGUUUAGUUGUGGCAGACUUUUGACUCGGCAAACAACGACUGGUUUGGUGUACAUGUCGUUCUUCUUGUCAAAGAGCAGGUAUCAUUGAACAGCAAUUUUGUUUUGUGUGUAAAGUGAUCGCAUAGUUGUGUCAACGAAUGGACAAAUUUCAGUACUUUUAUGGAGGUAGGCUUGUACAGGCCACGUCUGUAAAACAGCCUGGUUCUGACGUGCCUGGUGGAAUUUAUGACCUUUCGGUAAACAAGACGUGGACUUAGAACUACUUCCCAAAAUACAGCGUUCUGCAAAGGCUACCGCACUCUCACAAGAUGGCUACCUGGCGAAAACCGCUCACGUCAAACGUGCGCCAGCCGGCUACUGUCGGGUACCGGGCUCAGCCGAUGAAGAAGGUGAAGUCGCUGGGUCUAAACAUCCCUAGAGACGUCCCAAACCUUCUGGAGCAAAUCUACACCAGCAAACAGAGUCGGCAACGAGAACAGAAAGUGGGAACCGUUUUAAUCCACCGUGUAGGAGAGAGUUCGAGCGACUCCUUCACUCCGCUGGAGUAUACCGCCAGUUUUGAGGCCUCCCAUCCAGCCUACACCUGUCUGCUUCCUACAACCACAGAGACAAAUGAAGACCUGGUGCAACCUUCCGAUGUGCCACAGGAUCCCACGUCAACAUCUCAACUCACGCCGGACAACGACAAGGUAACUCAAGGUGACCAACAAGAUGGACAAAACUCAGAAGAAGAUCAGGGAGAUGAGGAUGUCAAGGACGAUGCAGUCGGACAAGACACUGUCUCUGACACUGGGGAAAGCCUGUCGGCUGUCUCUUUGGACGUAAGAAGCUCGGAGGAAGACACGACUUUCCCUAGCAGCAUUUCUCUGAGUCCAGACAAGUAUGACCCGGUAGGACCGGAGGAAAUUAUCCUCCAUGACAAAGCCGACGCCUUACGACUCGAAAGUGUGGCGGACGCUUUCCUUACGUCCACACAGAAAGCAGCUGCGGAGGUCCGCAAACCCAGCGGGAAGAGUCGUGAAGACGUCUAUGCUUUAGUGUCGGGAGAAGGGAAACACGUCCAGGUGGACAGCACAGCCAGUCCCGUGAAGAAAACUCCAAGUAGGCGAGGUCCUCCCCCUCCCCGACCCCCGAGGUCAAACUCACAGAAGCGCGUCCAUUUCGCAACCGUUGCGACCGUCGAUGAGCAAGUUUCGAGGGACAACACGAAGGAAGAACCUCGGCUGGAGUCCCCGAGACAAGCUCAGGACCAGCAGAAGACAGCAGGUGGUUUAGAACGUUCUGCCAGCAACGUUUCGUACAUAGACAUUACCGGGAUUAGGAAGGAUUCGCGACCGCUGAUUUUUGUGUAGCAUCUAUUUAUCCAAAUUUGUGUACAACAUAUAAUAUUAUUGCCAAAUCUGUUUUAUUUUGUAAGUUGAUAAUACGAAUAUUGCAUAUCUAGCAGAUAAAGAUAACAUUUGUAAGUUUCCCCUGCCAAGUAAGUGGACCUCCUAAAGCUAACCGAAAGCGUAGGACGGCAACGGCACGCUUUAUUUGUCAGCAUGAUAUCCAAGCGGAUGUUGAAGUGUGUAACGUUACAUGUAUUUUUGUACGCUAUUUUUGCCAAUCCUAUUUAUAAAAUGUCCAGGCAACUUGACUGGAGAAAAUUUUUUUUUUAAAAGCCGCAAUAUCUGCUUGUAGGUUUGAGACAGUACCAGUAUGUUCUCUACCCUGUGCUGUUAAGUCCUGUAGAAGCUCAUGUGCUCUGUAUAGCUACAUUACUUGUCAGGUGUUCAUCAACAUGUUUACUGAACCCUCCAUGUUCCACUAGGCCUAGUGAGGUGCCAGUGAUGUGAUGUGCCUACCCAACCUUACAUGACACCAAACGUGGGGAGGGUCGACUGGGACCGAUCCCAGCUAAGCCUUGGGCAUUUGCAGAUGCCAAAGUUCACCCAAAAGAACAAACAGGACCAUCUACAUUAUAUAACUUACUGUUGUGAAAUUGUGAAAUCAAAAUAGACCCAAAUGGUCUGAUAUGCUUUUCUAUUGGCGCGAAUUAUGCUGCAAUCUAUAUUAAGUUACAUUUAACAACCAUGAAAAUAUGCUCCACCAUCAUAUGCUAUAAAUAAAAUAAAAUAUCUUAAACUG